AUGUCAAACGAAGACACUCCCAUCAUGACUGCCCCUCCGCCCCCUGGAUACCCACAAGACAAUGUACAGAGGUUACGAAAUGCUAUCAAUUCAAUGGAAGAGAAAGGAAUGCAUGAUGACCCUCGCUAUUCACAGCUGCUUAUGAUUGCCAAUCGGACUAAGUCUGUGGGUGGUGCAGGUGGUGCUGGAGGAAAUGGGCCUGGACCACAAGGUGCUGGAGGGCCAACAAAUAUGGGUGGACCUGGUCCUGGCCCAGGGAUGGGCAUGGGUGGCCCUGGUGACAUGCCACCAGGAAACAAUAUGAAUGGACCCAACAUGAACAGCACCAAUAAUAACCUUCCUGGGCCAAACAAUAAUAAUAUGAAUAUGAAUGCCUCUGGUAUGGGUGGCCCUCCUCCACCUCCUCCGUCCUCAGGGGCUGGUGGUGGCGGCGGAGGCAGUGGUGGCGGCGGUGGUGGUGGCAACAACAACACUGGGAGUAAUAACAAUGCUGGUGCUAAUGCUGGUAACCCUGGUAACCUCUACUCUAAUAUGCAAGGUCCCAAUGCUUGUGGGCCUCCUGGCAUGAAUGGACCAGCUAUGAACAAUAUGCCACCUGCGGGUGGGGCGAACAUGUCUGGACCUAAUAAUACUAUGCCUGGUAAUAUGAACUCAAAUAUGAAUGGUCCCCCUGGUCAGGGACCUGCAACCGGUGCUGGACAACCAGGAAUGGAUUCAAAUGAAUCAGGACCACAAGGCAACAAUCAGCCUCCUUCAGGUAUGGGAGGCAAUCCAAACAUGCCGCCCCAUGGACUUUCCACAGGACCAAGGACUCCUUUCUCAGCUGUACAGUUGUCCCAGCUACGUGCUCAGAUCAUGGCUUAUAAACUGAUAGCCAGAAAUCAAAAUCUGCCCGACCAUAUACGUUAUGCUAUUGAAGGUAAAAGAUCUGGUUAUGGUCCACCUUAUCAGAGACCAGAUGCUCAUCCAAUGCAACAGAUGAGAAUGAAUCAGCCCCAACAGCAGCAGCAACAAGCACCUCCUCCCCAGGGCAUGGGACCUGGUGGCCAGAAUUAUCCCCCACAAAUGAUGACACCUCAAGGCCAGCCGAAUGUUCAGUCACAGCAGCGAAUGCCUCCACAACAACCCCCAACCUCUAUUCAAGCCAUUGUCUCCCUGCAGCAACGGCAGAACAGAGUGUCACCUGUAGGGAAACCUACUGGCCUAGACCCCAUCGAAAUUCUUAAUGAGAGGGAACACAGGUUGUGUGCUCGUAUUGCUCAGCGCAUUCAGGAACUGGAGACACUGCCAGCCACAAUGCCUGAGGACAUGCAGAGGAAGGCCAUGAUAGAAUUAAAGGCUCUUCGACUACUUAACUUUCAAAGACAGUUGAGGCAAGAAGUUGUGUCUUGUAUGCGAAAAGACACUACUUUGGAAACUGCUCUCAACACAAAGGCAUAUAAACGUAGUAAGCGUCAGUCACUUAGAGAAGCUCGCGUUACCGAGAAGUUGGAGAAACAGCAGAAAUUAGAGCAAGAAAGAAAGAGAAGACAGAAACACCAGGAAUAUCUUAAUGCUAUUCUGCAACAUGCUAAAGAUUUCAAAGAAUUCCAUCGCAAUAUGUCCGUUAAGAUUGGUAAAUUGAAUAAGGCCGUGAUGACCUAUCAUGCCAAUACUGAACGUGAACAGAAGAAGGAACAAGAAAGAAUUGAGAAGGAACGUAUGCGACGUCUCAUGGCUGAAGAUGAAGAAGGAUAUCGAAAACUUAUUGAUCAAAAGAAAGACAAGCGUUUAGCUUAUCUUCUUCAGCAAACAGACGAAUACGUGUCUAAUCUUACAAAACUUGUUGUACAACACAAAAUUGAACAGAAGAAAAUUAAGAAGAAAAAGAAGAAGAAAAAGAAGCAGGAAGUUGAAAAUCCUGAUAAUUUGAAAGAAGCAUUAAUUGAUGAAACUUCAACUGCAAGUGAGACUAGAGUGAAUGUGAUAGAGACGGCCACAGGCAAAGUUCUGUCAGGAGAAGAAGCUCCUCUUGCCAGUCAAUUAGAAGCCUGGCUUGAGCAGCAUCCUGGAUAUGAAGUGGCUCCAAAUGAAGAAGGUGAAUCUGAUGAUGAUGAUGAUGAUGAUGAAUCUGAGGAUGAGGAUGAAGAAAAGGCCAAGAUUGCUAAUGGUGAUGCUGAAUUACCUCCAUCUACUCGAGAAGACGAUGAUGAAUAUCGCAAUGAUAUGACCAAUUACUACACAAUUGCCCAUAGUGUUCAUGAGAAAAUUACUGAACAAUCAUCCAUGUUAGUUAAUGGCAAACUCAAAGAGUACCAAAUUAAAGGUCUUGAAUGGCUGGUGUCACUUUACAAUAACAACCUCAAUGGUAUUUUAGCAGAUGAGAUGGGGCUUGGAAAGACCAUUCAAACUAUUGGUCUUAUUACAUAUCUAAUUGAGAAAAAGAAAGUUAAUGGGCCGUUUUUGAUCAUUGUCCCCUUAUCAACUUUAUCUAACUGGAUGUUGGAAUUUGAUAAGUGGGCUCCAAGUGUUAUCAAAGUUGCUUACAAAGGUUCCCCUAAUAUGAGACGCACUCUCACACCACAAUUAAAAGCUGGCAAAUUCAACUGCCUACUUACCACUUAUGAAUAUAUUAUGAAAGAUAAAGCCCUGUUGUCAAAGAUUCGCUGGAAAUACAUGAUUAUUGAUGAAGGUCAUCGAAUGAAAAACCACCAUUGUAAACUAACACAAGUCCUAAACACAUAUUACAGUGCCCCUUACAGGUUGCUUCUGACAGGCACACCAUUACAGAACAAACUUCCUGAAUUGUGGGCUUUGCUGAACUUCCUCCUGCCAAGUAUUUUUAAGUCUUGCAUCACAUUUGAACAAUGGUUCAAUGCUCCCUUUGCAAUGACUGGUGAAAAGGUGGAACUUAACCAAGAAGAAACUUUGCUUAUCAUUCGACGUUUGCACAAAGUACUCAGACCUUUCCUCUUACGAAGACUAAAAAAAGAGGUUGAAUCUCAACUGCCAGAAAAGGUGGAAUAUGUCAUCAAAUGUGAGAUGUCAUCCCUACAGAGACUGCUGUACCGACACAUGCAAUGUAAGGGUGUCCUGCUCACUGAUGGCUCAGAAAAGGACAAAAAGGGCAAAGGUGGUACAAAAGCUUUGAUGAAUACAAUUAUGCAAUUGAGAAAGAUCUGUAACCAUCCAUUUAUGUUCCAACAUAUUGAGGAAGCUUUUGCUGAUCAUCUGGGCAUCCAGGGUGGCAUCGUCAGUGGGCCAGAACUUUAUCGAUGUUCUGGGAAAUUUGAACUGCUGGACAGAAUUCUUCCCAAACUGCGUGCCAAAGGCCAUCGAGUUCUUCUCUUCUGUCAAAUGACCUCACUAAUGAGCAUCAUGGAAGAUUAUUUUGUAUUUAGAGGUUUCCGCUAUUUACGUCUUGAUGGUACUACCAAGUCUGAAGACCGAGGCCAUCUGCUGGCCCUGUUCAAUCAGGAAGAGUCUCCUUAUUUUAUUUUCUUACUCAGCACACGUGCUGGAGGUUUGGGCUUAAAUUUACAAGCUGCAGAUACUGUUAUUAUAUUUGAUUCUGAUUGGAACCCUCACCAGGAUUUACAAGCACAGGAUCGUGCCCAUCGUAUUGGUCAACAGAAUGAAGUGAGAGUAUUGCGUUUGAUGACAGUCAACAGUGUGGAAGAACGUAUUUUGGCAGCCGCACGCUACAAACUAAAUGUUGAUGAAAAGGUCAUUCAGGCUGGUAUGUUUGAUCAGAAAUCAACUGGCACAGAACGAAGACAGUUCCUUCAAGCAUUGCUCAUGCAGGAGAAUGAUGAAGAGGAACAGGAGGAAGAUGAGGUGCCUGAUGAUGAGACAGUGAAUCAGAUGUUGGCAAGGACAGAGGAAGAAUUUGAUUUAUACCAGAAAAUGGAUUUAGAAAGACGGCGCCAAGAGGCUCGAGACCCAAAACGAAAACCAAGACUGAUGGAAUCUGAUGAAUUACCCGAAUGGUUAAGGAAAGACGAGAAAGAAGUUGAACGCCUCACUUAUGAAGAAGAGGAGGACAAGAUAUUUGGAAGAGGUUCUCGUUCAAGAAAAGAAGUGGAUUAUUCAGAUUCACUUACAGAAGGACAGUGGCUCAGAGCAAUUGAGGAUGGAAAUCUGGAAGAAGUGGAGGAAAGGAAAAAGGCCAAGAAAGCUAAGAAAAGAAAAUAUGUUCCUGAUGACGAUGAUUCAAAUUCAGCUUCAACACCCCAGAAUAAAAAAGAAAAGAAACGACGAGGAAGACCUCCUCUUGAAAAGCAGCCUCCUAAUCCACCAAAAUUGACCAAGAUGAUGAAGAAACUCCUUGAUGUUGUUCUUAGUUACAAGGACAGUGAUGGCCGUGUCCUAAGUGAAGUGUUCAUCAGUUUACCUUCACGAAAAGAAUUGCCAGAAUAUUAUGAAAUCAUUAAGAAACCUGUUGAUUUUAGAAAAAUUAAGGCAAGAAUCCGAGAUCACAAAUAUCGCAGCCUAGAUGACUUGGAACGAGAUGUGAUGUUACUAUGUAAAAAUGCACAAACCUUCAAUGUGGAAGGAUCUUUAAUUUAUGAAGAUUCAAUUGUGCUGCAGUCUGUGUUCACCAAUGCUAGGGAACGUUUAGAGAAGGAUGGUUACCUACCAUCAUCUGAUGAUAGUAUGAGUGAUGAUGAUGAUGUAGGUAAUGCCGACAGUGAUGAUGAUCAGGAGGAGGAGGAUGAUGAGGAGGAGGAUGAGGAAGAGGCUCAUAGUCAGGCUGUGAAAGUAAAAAUAAAAUUGAAUAAAGAAAAUUCAAGUGCAUCAAAGAAAGUUAGUAAAGAGGCUCAGGAUAUAAAACCACGGAAAAGGAAAAUGCGAGCCGCCAAGAAUCGGCCAGUGAUUAGCGAUGAUGAUGAUACGGAAGGAAGUGGAGGGGGACAACCCUGGGACUUUAGGAACAACGUGAAGGAAGUGAGGCUGGGCCCAGUUCUCGAAGCUCUUUGCAAGUUUCAUCUCCCGCUCCAGGCUCCAGGAAAAGAUAGCAAAACAUUUACCCCUUCCUACUCACACUUUCUCUCUCUUUUAUCUGCCUACAUUUGGAGAAGUACAGAUGCAAUCAAUCAGAUCAGCAGGAGUCCAAAAAAAAAAAAAAAAUUCAACCAUUUCUAUUACCCCCCCCUCCCCAAACACUUUCCAUGGUUGUUUCCUCCCAAACAAAAAGAGAAGAACAGUCCCCAUGUGGAUAUCAUCUUUUUAUUUAUUACAAAAGCAAACACAAGUUACUUCCUGAAUUGCACAACUGCCUCACUCUACAAGGAAAUGACAUUCCUACCCCCUUCACUGGUGACUGAUACUCCUCUCUAA